AGUUGGCUCUGGAAGUAAAUAAUAGUGAAAAACGUCAACACACACCAGACGCACUUCAAAACACUCGCACUAAAAUAAAAAUAAGUUUUUCCAAUUUUUAAGUGAUCAAGCGGGACAAUCUCUUGUUCAAUUCAACAAAAAUAUGAGUAGUGAUGACUCCGGGAACGCAUCAAAAGAUUCUAAGAAUGAAGACACUGACGCAUUGAAGCCUGAAACAACGGUAGAGGAAACGUCAGACCAAUCGAAAUCCGAAGCAGUACAGGAAUCGAAUGUAGAAUCUAAUGAAGAGUCAACGUCAGCAAUGGAUCCAGUCGAAAGAAUCAGAUUGCUGCUAGAACAAAAAUUAGGAUUGAGUGUCAGUUCCGUCAGUUCGGAAACAGUCGACCAUGGAUCUCGGCGGAUCCUGGAAACCGUUGACUUUAAAGGAUUGAUAAAGCACUGGAAAAGUGGAGGUUUUAAAAAGAUAAUCACGAUGGUUGGUGCUGGAAUAUCUACAUCCGCUGGUAUACCCGACUUUCGGUCUAAAGGCACCGGACUCUAUCACAAUUUAAAGAAGUACAAUCUUCCAUACCCCACGGCUAUAUUUGAAGUAGACUAUUUUCGGAAACAGCCCAAACCGUUUUUCUCGCUGGCCAAAGAACUGUAUCCCGGAAAGUUUAAUCCCACUCCCUGUCACUAUUUCGUAAAACUCUUGAAUGAGAAAGGACUGCUACUACGACAUUACACCCAGAAUAUUGAUACUCUUGAGCGCAUAGCAGGAGUACCUGGCGAUAAACUGGUUGAGGCCCAUGGAACAUUUCAUACGAAUCAUUGCAUCAACAAAAGGUGCAGAGAAGAGUAUUCGAUGGAAUGGAUGAAAGAGAAAAUUUUCGAAGACAUCAUACCCAAAUGUGAGAAAUGUACUUCGCUUGUCAAACCGGACAUAGUGUUUUUCGGCGAAAAUCUACCCGACAGAUUCUACACUCUGCCGCCAAAGGAUUUCAAAGAAUGUGAUUUACUCAUUGUCAUGGGAACAUCAUUAGAAGUGCAGCCAUUCGCUUCAUUAGUACAUCAGGUCAACGACAAUUGUGUCCGACUGUUGAUCAAUCGAGAAGCGGUUGGCAAAGCAUCAUUUCCAUUUUCAGACGAUGGGUUCCAAUUCGAUUCGCCUGCGAAUAGGCGAGAUGUUGCCUGGUUGGGUGACUGUGACGAUGGAGUCAAAGCGUUGAUUGCUGAAUUAGACUUGACUGAUGAUUUUGAUAAAUUGAUGAAAGAGGUGAAGGACAAGAAGUGAAAAUUUGUUCCAAAAUGUUUGUCCACUUGAUGCACUAUCGUUUUGCGCUAAAACACCCGGGGCACUGUUUUUUUUUAAAUUUUUGCUAACAGAAUAAAUUAUUGUCUUGU